CGCCAUGACUCCUCUCUCCAUCUCUCCCCUUUCCUUGCUCUUCCUCCUUUCCAUUCUCAUACGCCCGCUCGUCGAUUUUGUUUCUAGACCGUGCGGGUGUAUGCUUCCUUGCCUCUCGGGAUAUUUUGAACAGUACACUGGAUGUUAGCGUGCGAAAUACCGACAGGGUGUCUAUAUUAUCUUCGAAUCUUUGUCUGCUCGAAAACCGUUCCUUUCUCAACGCCCCUUUCACUGAUCGAAUAAGCAAAAUGGCACCUUUCAAUGGCCCAGCAGACUCCGCUAUUGACAAACGAGACUUCGACAUGAAUCGUCCAUUACUGACUAGCCACGAUGUUGACGUGGAGACGGAUGACCGGGGCCUACAUUCACGACCGGUAUCUAGAAUUUCUGCACGGUGCUAUAGUGACGCUGAAGAUGGUCUCCUGAAUGACGUUGUCGAAGAAAUUGUCGAAAGGGAUCGUCGCAGGCUCGCGAAGGAAGUGGUACGGAUAUGUAGUUUUGCCUGGGGAGUUAUAACCUGCUUAGGGGCUGGCAGUAUCACUGCGUUCUCCCUCUAUGGGCCUUUGUUCCUUACCCGUCUCCAUUACACCCAGCUCCGAGUUAAUGCUGUCUCGAUUGCUGCCGGGGUUUCUAUGUACCUCCCCGUCUCAAUCUUCGGAUACCUGUGUGACCGGUAUAGCCCCUCGCCGCUGGCUUUAUUUGCUGGCACAGUUUUUGGAAUAGGCUACCUUUUAGCCGCAAUAGUUUAUAAAAAUGGACCACCACCCGAUACCGGUGGUAAUGGAUACCCUUUUUGGGUGAUGGUAGUGGCCUUCGUGUGUGUCGGGACCGCCACAAGCUGCAUGUACCUGGCCUCAGUCACAACUUGCGCUAAAAACUUUGGCAGGGGUAAACACAAAGGUAUUAUGCUUGCCAUCCCCAUAGCUGCUUUUGGUCUUAGUGGUAUGUGGCAGAGCCAAGUUGGGACGUAUUUUCUGUCUGAACGGUUGGAUGACGGCAGUCGUGGUGACGUUGACGUCUUCCGAUACUUUAUUUUCCUUGCGGUACUGCUUUUUAGCAUUGGUGUUGUUGGCGCUUUUGGAUUGCGGAUAGUGGAAGAGGACGAGGAGAAGUACAUCGAUGAGGCGGUUGAGGAACUCGAAAGGAGUGGCCUGUUGGGAGAGAGUGAGUUCUUCCGGUCGAGAAGCGAAGUGAGAGCUGCGUACGGAACAUUCUCGCAGUCGGAGGAUAUUGGCGAGGACGAGGAACGAACACUGGCCUUGACUCAGGCCGAGGAAGAACGGGAAGCAGCAAGACUCAAGAAGGAGAGAGAGGAGGAGGAGCGUAGGAAGAAAAACUGGCUUUUGAAUUGGGAAACGAAGGUGUUUCUCAAAGAUCAUACGAUGUGGUGGCUCGGUUUGGGCUUUUUCUUGGUCACUGGACCCGGAGAAGCAUACAUCAACAACCUGGGUACCGUGGUUGGAGCACUAAACCCGGAAUCAAAUUCUCCUAAUGCUCCUUCGCCAGCUGGCAAACCAUCCACACAUGUCACCACCAUUGCUCUGACUUCAACAAUUGCCCGACUCCUCACAGGAUCCCUCUCAGACUUCUUCGCACCCCCAGCAACCCAUCUCUUCCCGGGGAACUUGGCAACUGCACGCCCUAACCCAUCUCCCACCUCAAAGCAAUUCACCCUAUCCCGAUUAACAUUUCUUCUCCCAUCCGCACUGCUCCUCUCCCUGGGCUACUUACUCCUCGCAUCCCCCUUGCCUCUCCAGCGCCCUGAACUGUCUCAUAUAACUACCAGCCUAGUCGGUUUCGGCUACGGGAGCGCCUUCUCCCUUUGCCCCAUCAUCAUAUCUGUUGUCUGGGGUAUAGAGAACUUUGGAACGAAUUGGGGUAUCGUCGCCAUGUUUCCGGCGGCAGGGGCUGCCGUAUGGGGUGUCAUCUACUCCCGCGGCUACCAAGAUGCCACAGAUGGAGGCUACGGCUUUGCAGAUGGCCAGUGUCACGGCUGGAAAUGCUACGGGUACUGGGCUAUAGGAUGUACGCUGAGCGUAUGGGUAGCCAUGGCCGCCUGGUGUGUUGCCUGGAGAACUUGGGGACGCAGAGGCGUUUCUAUUUAGAUGAAUUAUAUUCACGUUUAUACAGCGCUCAACUUAUCAUCACCAGGAUCAACAUCGGAUAGAGGCGUUUAUUGGCUGUUUUUCAUUAAAUCCAUUAUAUUUCAACAAGCGUAUCCGGAAACCUAGGUCUUGUACGC